CAUAUCAUAUACUUUUAGAGAACAAAAAACCAAAAAACAGAAAACCACAACAAUGCCAAACGAACCAUAAAAUUAGAAUUGGUAAGUCAGUAACAUAAACCAAGAUUUUAUUUCCCGUGAUCUUACCACAAAAUAGUGACUCUUAAAGAGAGACUAAGCGUGUAAGAUGGAGGGAAAACAGAAACAGGGGAUCUAAGGUUUGAGAAAAAAAAAAGAAAGAGAAUUAGAGAAAUAAAAUCACAAAUUUUGAGAGAAGAAAAUUAUUACAAGAAAAAAAAAAUGAUGAAAAAUUGGUUAAGUUCAACAUUUAUAUGUGGGGGUGAAGGAAGAGAAAAGAAAGGCAUAGAUGAAAGUGUUGAGUUAACCUCCAUUGAUGGAAGUAGCACAUAUAGUUUCUCUAAUGGUGUUCUUCCUUCGCUUGGUGCUCGAAGCCACCGUCGUAUUGCACUUCGAUCCUACAUUGUCUCCCCUUUUCUUCACGAAUAUAGAAUUUGGGAGUCAUUUCUGGUAUGUUUGGUGGUGUAUACAUCAUGGGUGUCUCCAUACGAAUUCGGAUUCCUACAAAGACCAAUUGAAGGCCUUGCUAUUGCAGAUAACAUUGUGAAUGGAUUUUUUGCUAUUGAUAUUAUUUUGACCUUUUUUGUUGCAUAUCAAGAUCCACAAACUUUCAACCUUGUUGAUGAUCAUAAGAUGAUUGCUUGGAGAUAUGUGAAAUCCUGGUUCGUGUUUGAUUUCGUGUCAACAGUCCCUUCUGAAGUUGUGGAGAAGAUUCUCCCUGACAGUGUCCAGGCCUAUGGACUAUUCAACAUGCUACGCCUUUGGAGGCUUCGCAGAGUUAGUAAGAUGUUCUCCAAAUUAGAGAAGGAUAAAAAUUAUAACUAUUUUUGGAUUCGAUGUUUGAAGUUAGUUUCUGUAACUCUUUUCGCGGUUCAUUGUGCUGCCUGCUUCUAUUAUUACAUUGCAGCCCAUUAUCCUGACCCCAAAAAAACAUGGAUUGGUCUUGAAAUGGACAACUUCCACAACGCAGAUCUGUGGUUGCGUUACGUGACAUCAAUCUACUGGUCAAUCACAACACUCACAACAACUGGUUAUGGUGACUUGCAUCCUGUGAAUACGUGGGAGAUGGUGUUUGAUAUUUUUUAUAUGCUCUUCAAUCUUGGACUGACCGCGUAUUUGAUAGGAAAUAUGACAAACUUAGUUGUUCAUGGGACUAGCCGAACUAGAAAAUUCAGGGACACAAUUCAAGCUGCUUCCAGUUUUGCACUGAGGAAUAGGCUUCCUGUUCGCUUACAAGAGCAAAUGGUUGCUCACUUGUGUUUAAAACACAGAACUGAUUCAGAAGGUUUGCAACAGCAAGAGAUUCUUGAUUCUCUUCCAAAGGCAAUCAAGUCAAGUAUUUCACAUCAUCUCUUCUAUUCGCUGCUUUAUCAAGUUUAUCUGUUUCGCGGAGUAUCAGAUGACUUGCUUUUCCAGCUGGUUUCAGAGAUGAAAGCCGAGUACUACCCUCCCAAAGAAGACGUGAUCUUGCAGAAUGAAGCACCUACUGAUCUAUAUGUACUUGUCUCUGGUGCCAUGGAAUCUAUCGUCGAAAAAAAUGGAAUUCACCAGUCUGUUGGUCACGAGGUUUUCUCAGGAGGUGUAUGCGGGGAGAUAGGUGUUCUUUGUUAUAGGCCACAGCUCUUUACUGUUCGUACCAAGAGAUUGUGUCAGCUGUUGCGUCUGAAUCGUACUGCUCUUCUGAAUCUUGUUCAGGCUAAUGUUGGGGAUGGGGCAAUUAUCAUGAACAAUCUUCUAGCGCAUUUAAAAGCGCAGGAAGAUCCCCUGAUGCAAUCUGUUCUCAGAGAUAUAGAGAACAUGCUAGCUCAAGGCCGAAUGGAUUUGCCACUCAGUUUAUCUUUUGCAGCUGCAAGAGGAGAUGAACCGUUGUUGCAACAUUUGCUGAGACGAGGGUCUGAUCCAAAUGAGCCAGAUACUAAUGGGCGUACUGCUCUGGUAUGUAGAAUUUACUCAUCUCCAAGUCUGCAUUUUACGAAAUACAUAUCAUGUUGUUACUUAACUGACUCUGAAUGUUGCCUCUUUUCUGGUUAUGCAUAUGACCAGCACACUGCAGCUGCUAAUGGAAGCGAAAAUUGUGCCCUUGUCCUUCUUGCAUAUGGGGCCGAUCCAAACCUUAAAGAUAGAGAAGGGAAUGUUCCACUAUGGGAUGCAAUAGUAGGGAGGCAAGAGGCCUUGAUCAAGCUUCUAGUAGACCAGGGUGCUACACUAGCAUCAGGCGAUACGGCUCAAUAUGCCUACUAUGCAGUAGAGCAAGACAAUUUUGAGCUACUAAAGGAUGUUGUUCGAUAUGGUGGAGACGUAACCUUGCCUUUGAGCAAUGGUUGCACUGCACUUCAUGCCGCGGUUCAUAAUGGAAACUCUACAAUGGUUAAGUUUCUUUUAAAACACGGGGCGGAUAUGGACAGGCAGGACAUUCAAGGUACGACGCCAAGGGAUUUGGCUAAUGAUGCUAAGAAUGAAGAUAUAAAGGCGGUAGUUUGUUCCAAAGAAGAGAGUAGUGUACAAUCUAAUGUUAAGGGAUCUGAGAAGGAAGCAAGUCCUACUUUGAAGAAGAUUAAUAGUACUGAUUUGUCUAUGGAUGUCACUCCACGUACACGAGAAGUGACUUGGGCUGACAAGCAGCCUCGUCGUAGGGUUAACUCGUUUCGGAAUUCCCUGUUUGGGUUCAUGUCUGCUGCCUCUAGAGUUGAAUCACAAAAUGAUGGGGGUAAUUACUUAAGCACCCCGUUCUCUGGAAGCCAACCGGCUAGAGUGAUACUCCGGUGCCCUGGAACGGGCGAUGCAACCAAGCUUGUUAUUUUGCCUGAGACCAUCCAAGAACUUCUUGAUUUUGGUAUCAAAAAAUUUGGACGGCAUUGUACUAAAGUAACAACUUUAGACGGAGCUGAAAUCGACGAGAUUGAGCUAAUUAGAGAUGGUGAUCAACUUUGCCUCGUAUGUGAAGAAAUCAAUAUGCCCGAAAGCUAGCAAUGAUAAUGUUUAUCACCAAUAUUAUUUGGUACAAGUUUUGUAGGAUUAGUGUAUAUUAUCACCAAUAUAGGGAUUGGUGGUCCAAUUUAAAUUGGGUAAGUUUGCCUUGUUACCGCGAUUCAAUCUCUAAAUGAUCCAUACUUCUUGUAUAUUGAAAAAAUUACUAGGGAAUGUAAAAUUAAUCAUGAGGUUAUAAGAUUACACAAAUAAACAAUUUGUGAUUACUCGUCUAUAAUGUAUGUACAAGUAUGUUACCAAGUGUUUUAAUGGCAAGUUUCGGAAGAGCUUUUCAUGUAAAAUGGCAUUUUGUAUAGUCAAAAUUUUACUAGAUGUUAGAUAAAGUUGUGGACUUAGCUUUAGGAAAGUAGUUUUUUUUUU